GACAUUUGCUCUUUCCCUGGUUAGAGAAGGAACGUGUGGCCGAGGUGAAGAAGGAACUGGAUGUUCUCAGUGCUCUUCCAGAUCAGAUAUUGGAGGUCGAGCUCCUGAAGAUGCCGAUGUCCAUUAGACAGAUGAAGGUUUCAGAGUAUUACAAGCUGAUGGAAGCAAACAAGAUGGACGCAGCUGUGAAGGUAGAUGCUCUGGACGAUCUACCAGAGGUUAAACUAGUCAGGAAGAACAGCCGGAAGGCUAAGGAGAUGACAUCUGCAGACUAUCGGGAACCAGUAGGGUGCAAAGUGAUGUCCACAUUGCAGAGGAACCGGACAGUCCAAAAGGUUCCAAAAAGUAAAUCUCUGGUUUCAUUGACUGGCGGAAUUGAGAAGAGAACCAUAGCCAUGACCAGGUCUAUCUCUGCUACCCCGCUAAAUAAGGCGCCCAAGAAGAUGAUGACAUCUGUCUCCUCCACUAGAUUGGUGUCUCGCACAUCAAGAAAUGCCGUCCCCCCUCCCAGCCGGUCGUCCCGGAAUGGGGGAUUCUCGUCCCUGAGUGACAAUCUGACCCUAUAUGAGGGUCUCCCCUUCAUACAGAUACCACUGACGGAUGGACAGACGCUGUCAUCGGCUUUUGAUGACCUGGAGACGCUGGACGUGGAGCUGCUAAGACACGACACAGUACAGCACAUUCAUACGCUUGUCGGCCAGUUGACCAAUCUCUACACAAAAGCCUCAACGCAGCAGCAAGGGAGCGGACAUGGCCAAGGAACAUGAAGACCGUGCGCAGAGUUACCUGCAGGAUAUGGGGGGGGGGGGGGGGGAAGAAAUAUCUGUGAUUUUUGUUUUAAGUGUCUUUUAUAUAUUUGAUAUUCAAAUAAAAUAUGAAUGUGUAGUGUCGUCA